AAGCCCCGCCCACCCCGCUCCGAGCGGCGGCACCGAGAGCCCGAGCGGCGGCACCGGCACCGGCAGCGCCCGCGGCCGCCAUGGCCGAGUACCGCAGUCUGCUGGAGGAGCUGGCCCAGAACAUCACGGCCGAGGACCUGGAGCAGCUCAAGUCCGCGUGUCGCGAGGACAUCCCCAGCGGGGAGGGCGACGCCAUCGCCACCGGCCACCACUGGUUCGCCUUCCUGGAGCGCCACAGCAAGCUGGACCGAGACAACCUGUCCUACAUCGAGCACAUCUUCGAGAUCUCGCGCCGGCCGGACCUGCUGACCAAGGUGGUGCAGUACCGCACGCAGGUGCUGAAGAUCUCCGAGGAGGACGAGGUGGACACCAAACUGACGCGCAUCCCCAGCGCCAAGAAGUACAAGGACAUCAUCCGGCAGCCCUCGGAGGAGGAGAUCAUCAAACUGGCCCCCCCCCCGAAAAAGGCCUGAGGAGGAGGAGGAGCCCCCCCAGAGCCCCCCCAAAUCCCCCUCCCCAAUUCCAGCCCUGGGGGGGGGGAGGGGCACCGAGAGCAUCUGAACCCCCCCCCCCAAAAAUUGGGGAAAUUGGGGGGAGGGGGGGAAAAUUCCCAUGGGACCCCCACCCUAAAAAGGCCUCGAUUUUGGGGGGGGGAGGGGGAGGGAUGGGGACCCCCCCCAAUGUGGGGAAGUUGAGGGGGGGCACAAAAAAUGGGACCAAACCCCCCCCAGCCUAAUUUGGGGGGUUAAAAGUGUUGGGGACACCCCCACCCUAAAUUUUGGGGUCACAGGGAGACCCCCACCCCAAUUUGGGGGGCUCGGACCCCCCCCACAUGAAAUUUUGGGGUCACAAGGAGACCCCCACCCCAAUUUGGGGGGCUCAGACCCCCCCACAUUAAAUUUUGGGGUCACAAGGAGACCCCCACCCCAAUUUGGGGGGCUCAGACCCCCCCACAUUAAAUUUUGGGGUCCUCAAUUUGAGGGGGGGGGUCUGUGACAGGGACUGAGACCCCCCAAAUUUGGGGGAUACAAUUCCUGAGACCCCCCCCACCCCAAUUUUGGGGGGUCAGAGGCAUCGGGACCCCUGACCCCAAUUUUGGGGGGUCACGAGCACCCCCAAAUUUUGGGGGGGGGGCACAGGAGGGCAGGGGGAGGUCGGGAGGGCGCCGAGGAUGGAGCGGAUUUUGGGGGGGGGGUCUCGGACCCCCCCCGGAAGGGCAGGAGGGGACGAGGAGGUGACAAAAAAAGAGGGGGACAGUGAGUGGUGACCCCCCAAAAUUGGGGGAAAAACCCCAAAAUUCCCAUUUUUGGGGAGGCAGGAAGUGGUGACCCCCCAAAUUUGAGGAAAAAACCCCAAAAUUCCCAUUUUUGGGAGGCAGGAAGCGGUGACCCCCCAAAAUUGAGGAAAAACCCCCAAAAUUGAGGUAAAAACCCCAAAAUUGAGGUAAAAACCCACAAAAUGGAGGAAAAAACCCCAAAAUUCCCAUUUUUGGGGGGGGGGGCAUAAAGCAGUGACCCCCCAGAAUUGAUAAAAACCCCAAAAUCGAGGGAAAAAAAAUUUUAAAAAUCCCAUUUUUGGGCGAUAGGCAGCAAGAAAUGACCCCUAAAACUGGGGCAAAACCCCCCAAAAUCCCAAUUUUUAAUAAAUUUUUUUUUUGGAGGGGGGCGGGGUUUCUCCCAGUACCAAACUGGGAGGGAGGAGCCCCCAAACUGGGCAGGGGGGGUUGGGGGAGGGGAUUUUUGGGGUUCAGGUUUAGUUACUAACCCAAGGGGAUGGGGGGGGGGGCAGCAGAGUUAAUUAAAUGUUAAUUAAUUAAUAUAUUUUAUUUAAUAAAAGCUAAAACCCGCAGCAGCCGCCGGCUCGUGUGUCCCCCAAACCCCCCAAAAUUUAUCCUUGUGCCCCCCAAAUUUAUCCUUGUGCCCCCCCCCCAAAAUUUAUCCCUUCCCCUCCCCCUUCCUUUAUUUAUUGUCCCCAAAGCUCUGUGAAAAACGCUGGAUUUGGUUAAAAAUUGACAUUUUUGACCCCCCUCCCAACGUCGGGAUGGGUUUUGGGGGGUCCCCCCCACCCCAAUUUCCCUCCCCCACCCCAAAUCCCCUCCCCAAAUCCCCUCCCCCCAGACCGUGCUGACUGUGUAUCGAUAAAGAUGGAAAAAAGCU